CCCCCCCCCCCCUUCAUGAUCCUGUGUGUGUGUGUGUGUGUACGUACACACACAGGUCAUCACAGGGCUGAGACAUAGACACAGACAACCAUUCACACCUACAGUCCCUACAGUCAAUUUAGAGUCACCAGUUAACCUAACCUGCAUGUCUUUGGACUGUGGGGGAAACCGGAGCACCCGGAGGAAACCCACGCAGACACCGGGAGAACAUGCAAACUCCACACAGAAAGGCCCUCGUUGGCCAUGGGGCUCAAACCCGGACCUUCUUCCACCGUGCCGCCCUAUACACACACACACAAACACACAUACAGACACGUUUGUUUUAUGGUCUUUUUGCUCCUGUUUUCAGUAUGUCCUUUUUUUUUUUGCUUUUUUUUUAUUUUUCAUAUUUUGUUUUGAAAUUCUACUGACUGACUUCUUUUUAAUUUAUUGUUUUCCUUGCCUCCUGUCGUCUAUAUGUGUUCAUUGCCCCCUCUCUAUCCUCCAGAUGGUGCUCCAUUCUCAGCUAUCAGACCUUUCUCUCUCAUCCCCCUCAUAGGGGGAGGGGGGACUAAAAAUUUUGGCAGUCUUAACACGUGUACAACUACCCAUUCGGUUAACGGAGCUGGAGCGUGUGCGUGUGUGUGUCAGAUGACCACAAAAUUUUUCCAUUGCGCCUCAAAUCUUCCGAAUGGAUGGAAAGAGUCACAUUUAGGCCUGCAGUCCAUCAAAAAAACGCAGAAAGAAAGCUCAGGACAAAGAGGAAGAAAGGAAAAUAUUAAACGGUCUUACUAAUACAACUUUGUUAGAACUGACAUUGAUGAAGUGGUGCUGAUUUUGACGAGACACUCGCACCCUUAGUUAAAUCAUGGGUGACUGGAGCACCUUGGCGAAGCUGCUCGAUAAGGUGCAGGUGUACUCGACAGCUGGAGGUAAGCUCUGGCUCUCCGUCCUCUUCAUCUUCCGUAUCCUGGUUUUGGGAACGGCUGUGGAGUCAGCAUGGGGUGACGAGCAGUCAGCGUUCGAGUGCAACACGCAGCAGCCGGGUUGUGAAAACGUCUGCUAUGACAAAUCCUUCCCCAUCUCCCACGUACGCUUCUGGGUUCUGCAGAUCAUCUUUGUCUCAGUGCCAACGCUCCUCUACCUCGGCCAUGUGUUGUUCCUCAUGCACAAGGACGAGAAGCUGAAGAAGAAGGAGGAGAGGCUGAGGAAAGCCGAGAGGGAAGGGAGCAAUGUCCACUCUUGCCUUCACAAAAUCCAGGCCAAGAAGUUCAAAUAUGGUUUGGAGGAACCUGGAAAGAUCAAGAUGAGAGGAGCUUUGUUUUAUACCUACAUCGUAAGCGUGGUGUUGAAAUCCGUAUUCGAGGUGGCGUUCUUGCUCAUACAGUGGUACCUUUACGGAUUCCGUUUAACAGCUGUUUACACAUGUGAGGGGUUCCCUUGCCCGCAUAAAGUGGACUGCUUCCUGUCUCGUCCUACGGAAAAAACAGUGUUCAUCAUGUUCAUGCUGGUGGUGUCCUUAAUCUCUCUGGCUCUUAACGUCUUUGAGUUUUUUAACGCAAUCUUCAAAAGGAUGAAGGAUCACUUCAAAGAGGCUGAGAAGCUGCUGGACAUGGAGACCACGAUCAGGCCAUGUACUGGAGAAGACAUGUCCAGUUACGGGUACCACUGCUCGGCUCUCGCGUCUAACUUGGGCUACAAUUUAGACACAGCCGAUAAAUCCAACUCCUCAGACAAUUUUGACAAACAAGCCAAUGAGCAGAACUGGACUAACUACAGCACAGAGCAAAAUCAGCUUGGCCAGAGAGAUUAUUGCCCAGCUCAGACUUUUGUGUAUUCACAGAAAAUGCCUCUGGGUAAAGACCUCAUGCUGCUUAAACAGCUUGACCCUCGACCCCAGAGUCGCUCUAGUAGUCGUGCCCGGCCUGAUGACCUGGACAUCUAGGAGUUUAGACUUUAUUCCUAUGAAUAUCAAAAUGUGCUAAAUACUCUCACUCAGAGAUGUUCAAAAUACUGUGAGCUACUCGGGCCUCAGUCGAGCUACAAGGAUGAAUUAAUGCUUUAAGAAAUUCAGCUCUGAGGUUAUUCAAUUGAGAAGAAAUACAUUUGGGCGAUUUCAUUGCAAAUGUACUUUUUUUCACGUAAGCAAUUUAAUAUAACUUGUACAUUUGCCUCUUAAUUAUGCACAUUAUUAGUCUAUUCAGUUGUUUUUAUACAACAGUUGUGAUACAGUCUUUGAAGGAUUUUCCUCAUGCUAGAUUUUCCAAAGCAAUAUACAAACCAAAUCAACCAGUGGCUUUUAAAAUGAUAUUUUAAAAUCAAGGCUAAACAGAGCAUCAGUAUAAGAUUUAAUUUUUGGCAUCCACAUCAGAAUAUUUGCUCUUAAAGGCCCGGUCCCACUGGCCGAUGGACACAAAACGUAUGCAAAAAGGACACAGCGGACGAGCAAAAUUUCGGGGGUGGCUCUAUCCAUUUUCAUCCGCUCCAGAAAUGGACAAAAUUGGCGAAAAUUUGCGAAAACAGAACGGAAAAGAACGGUCGUGGGUAGUAUAUAGCAGGGAUGUUAAACACAUGUUCAUAGGAAGCCUAGCGGAUGAAAGCGGAUGGAAGUGGAUGAGAGCUCCGAAGGGGUUACCGGUGAUAACUGAGAAGCGGACGCAUAGCAGAAAGAGCGGAUGCAUAGCGGAAGAAGGGGAUGCAUCACGUACGCCUAACGGAAACAAAGGGGAUGUUGCGCGGAUGUAUAUCGGAUGCAGACCGAUUGUCCGCUAGGUGUCCUUAUACAUACUCUAGACAUACUCCAGACAUCCUAAAUAUACGAGAUACAUCCCAGAUAUAAACGCUUUGUCCGUUUUGAAUACUUUAUAUACGAGAUGCAUACGCUUACAUCCUUUCUAUUUCCGUGCUACUAACGAUGAAUAGACGUUUCAUGUACCUUAUCUUUCCUCCCUCUUUCCGUUUUCAGCUGCAGCGGAUGUGAGUUGCGAGGAUGCCCAGAGGAUGCAGAAAGGAUACAGCAGACGUUUAACGGAUGAUAACGGACAUAGAACGUUUGUUGCUCGUAUAUGUCGCGGAUUUACAUUGUACACGGCGGAAAGUUCAUCCGUUCUAAAAGUUUUGUGCAGCUCAAAACUUUUUGCGCGGAUGAAAUCACAGUGGACGGAUGCUCGAUGGAUAGAGCGUAUGAAGCAUGUAUGCAAUGAGUACACAACGGAUGCAUAGCGUUUUCCAACGGAUGGCAAAGAUUUUUUUACGUUUUACGUCCUCUUUGCAUCCGUAAGUGCAGUGGGACCGGGCCUUAACAAAUGUCUUAAAGUGGAGUGUUUUGGAAUUUUGUGGAGCUGAGCACAACAGCACCACCAGUGGUCAUAAGCAUAUACAGUAUAGUUAGAAGCAGUGAAAGCUGAAGUGGGUCGGGGACUGAUUUCUUUCUAGCUCAGGUGGUAGAUUCAUGCAGCAUUGUUGACCACAUCAGGUGAUUACAUAGUGCCACGUGCCUUAGAUUUUUUUUUUCAUUUGGCUUGAUUAUUUUCAUGUUAAUAAGCAGUGAUUGAGGAGGUGCAUGUGAAAUACUGUCAUGGCAUGAAUGAGGUGGAUUAUUUCCUCAGAUCAUCCUUUUUCUCCAAAAAAUAGACUGAUUUAAGAACAGAAUAUUCAAUUGAAGUGCAAAUGGCACAAAAGAACACGACAGAACUGUAAGUUUAGUGGUUUUUUUUUUGCUUGAAUGAAAGGGUUACAACUAGUGUUGUAGUCAAGACCACCUAAACCAGGACCAAGUCAUGACCAAGACCAAAAUUUUGAGGUGUUGGGACCAAGUCAAGACCAGCUCCAGACUAGUACAGUGGUGCUUGAAAGUUUGUGAACCCUUUAGAAUUUUCUAUAUUUCUGCAUA